AUGGCAGCGACCAAGAGGAACGCCGGGCUGACGUCUGCGGUCCCGAGAGCGUCCCUCAACGACGAGGAAUUGAAAAUGCACGUGUACAAGAAGACGCUGCAGGCGCUCAUCUACCCGAUCUCCUCGACGACGCCCCACAAGUUCCUUCCCUGGACGGCCACCUCGCCCACCUACUGCUACGAGUGCGAGGGCCUCCUGUGGGGCAUCGCGCGGCAGGGCGUCCGCUGCGUCGAGUGCGGGGUCAAGUGCCACGAGAAGUGCAAGGACCUGCUCAACGCGGACUGUCUGCAGAGAGCGGCUGAGAAGAGCAGCAAGCAUGGCGCGGAGGACAAGACCAAUAACAUCAUAGCGGCCAUGAAGGAUCGCAUGAAAAAGAGAGAAAGGGAAACGCCGGAAAUAUUCGAGCUUAUAAGGGAUGUCUUCAACGUGGAGGACAAGAGCCACGUUGGCCACAUGAUGUCCGUGAACCAGUCGGUGCUUGACGGAACCAGCAAGUGGUCUGCUAAGAUUGCCAUCACAGUGAUCUGCGCGCAAGGCCUAAUCGCCAAGGACAAGAGCGGGACAUCUGACCCUUACGUGACCGUCCAGGUGGGGAAGACGAAGAAGCGAACCCACACCGUCCCUCAGGAGCUCAACCCCGUCUGGAAUGAGAAGUUCUACUUCGAGUGCCACAACUCCAGCGACAGGAUCAAGGUUCGCGUCUGGGACGAGGACAACGACAUCAAGUCAAAGCUGCGACAGAAACUCACGAGGGAGAGCGAUGACUUCCUCGGCCAGACCAUCAUCGAGGUGCGCACCCUCUCAGGCGAGAUGGACGUGUGGUACAACCUGGAGAAGCGAACGGACAAGUCCGCGGUGUCGGGGGCCAUCAGACUGCACAUUUCCGUGGAGAUCAAGGGCGAGGAGAAGGUCGCGCCGUACCACGUGCAGUACACUUGCCUGCACGAGAACCUGUUCCAUUACCUCUGCGAGCUGGAGGGCGGCGCCGUCAAGCUGCCCAAGGCCAAGGGCGACGACGCGUGGAAGGUCUACUUCGACGACCACGCGCAGGACAUCGUCGACGAGUUCGCCAUGAGAUACGGCAUCGAGAGCAUCUACCAGGCCAUGACGCACUUCCACUGCCUCUCCACGAAGUACCUGUGCCCAGGCGUGCCAGCCGUCAUGUCCACGCUGCUCGCCAACAUCAACGCCUUCUACGCCCACACCACCGCGUCCUCCGCCGUCUCCGCCUCGGACAGAUUCGCGGCGUCCAACUUCGGCAAAGAGAAAUUCGUGAAAUUGCUGGACCAGCUGCACAACUCGCUGCGCAUCGACCUGUCCAUGUACCGCAACAACUUCCCCGCCAGCUCCAACGAGAAGCUGCAGGACCUCAAGUCAACGGUCGACCUCCUCACCUCCAUCACCUUCUUCAGAAUGAAAGUGCAAGAGCUGUCGUCUCCGCCUCGAGCCAGCGCGGUGGUCAAGGACUGCGCCAUCGCCUGCCUCAGGUCCACCUACCAGUUCCUCUUCGAGAACUGCUACGAGCUCUACAACAGAGAAUUCCAGGUGGACCCGCAGGAGAAGAAGGAGGCGGGCGAGCAGGGGCCGCGGCUGGAGAGCGUCGACUUCUGGCACAAGCUCAUCGCGCUCAUCGUGUCGGUCAUCGAGGAGGACAAGAACAGCUACGCGCCCGUCCUCAACCAGUUCCCGCAGGAGCUCAACAUCGGGAACCUAUCUGCAUCCACCAUGUGGAGCAUGUUCGCUGUCGACAUCAAGUAUGCCUUGGAAGAGCAUGAGCAGCACCGACUAUGUAAGAGCAGCGAGUACAUGAAUCUGCACUUCAAGGUGAAGUGGCUGUACAAUAACUACGUGAAGGACGUGCCUCCUUAUAGAGACCAAGUGCCUGAGUACCCAGCGUGGUUCGAGCCGUUCGUCAUGCAGUGGCUGAACGAGAACGACGACGUGUCUCUCGAGUAUCUCAACGGUGCCUUCCAGAGAGACAAGAAGGACGAGUUCCCACCAAGUUCCGAAAACUCCCUCUUCUCCAACUCCGUGGUGGACGUGUUCACGCAGCUCACGCAGUGCUUCGGCGUCGUGUCGAAACUCGAGUGUCCCGAUCCCGAGAUCUGGAAGAGGUUCAUGAAGAGAUUCGCCAAGACGAUCGUCAAGGUCCUCCUGGCUUACGCCGACAUCACCAAGAAGGAGUUCCCCAACUACGUCACAGACGAGAAGAAGGCGUGUAUCUUGAUGAACAACAUCCAGCAGCUGAGAGUACAGUUGGAGAAGAUGUACGAGAAGAUGGGCGGAGAGAAGCUGGAGGAGGACGUCGCCACCAUCCUCAACGAGCUUCAGGCGUCCCUCAAUACUGUGCUCGACGAGCUUGCGCACAAGUUCGCCAAGAGCCUGGAGGUCCGCAUCGCCGUCAAGGUGAAGGAGAUGGGAGACAAGCUGGCGGCGGUGAAGGGCACGGGGCAGGUGCAGCCGUCGCAACGCAACGCCGUCAUCGUGGAGGCUGACGACGUGCUGGUGCCCCUCAUGGAUCUCCUGGAGGACUCGCUGUCUCUCUACGCGCAGUCUUGUGAAAAGACGGUGCUCAAGCGACUCCUCAAGGAGCUGUGGAAGAUCGUCAUGACUACCAUGGAGAAGACCGUCGUCCUGCCGCCGAUGACUGACAAGGCUAUGAUGCUUAAGAACCUGACAGACAACGCUAAGAACUUGGCAGCCAACGCCAAGAUCGAAGACAUGUCAAGAUUGUUCAAGAACCAACUCGCGGGCGGCAAAGACGUGAAGAAUGCUGUCUCCAACAUCAUGGAUAUCUCCAAGGACUUCGAGCGCAACCUGACGCCGAAGCAGUGCGCGGUGCUGGAGGCCGCCCUCGACACCAUCAAGCAGUACUUCCACGCCGGAGGAAAUGGCCUUAAGAAGAACUUCCUCGACAAGUCCCCCGAGCUGAAAUCGCUGAACUAUGCGCUGUCCUUGUACACGCAAACCACGGACACGCUCAUCAAGACCUUUGUCACCACACAGACCAACCAAGGCUCUACAGAGGAAGGCACCGUCGGCGAGAUCAGCGUGCAGGUGGACCUGUACACGCACCCGGGCACUGGAGAGCAGCGCAUCAACGUCAAAGUGGUGGCGGCGAACGACCUCCGGUGGCCGACGACGGCGGGCGGGAUGUUCCGACCGUUCGUGGAGGUGAACCUGAUCGGGCCGCACCUCGCCGACAAGAAGAGAAAGUUCGCCACGAAGUCCAAGUCGAACAGCUGGUCGCCAAAGUUCAACGACAGUGUCCAGUUCUUGAUCGGCAGCGAGGAGGGGCCCGACAGCUUCGAGCUCCACAUCUGCAUCAAGGACUAUUGCUUCGCUCGCGAUGACCGACUGGUGGGCGUGGCCGUACUCCAGCUCAGGGACAUCGUUGACCAGGGAUCGUGCGCCACGUGGCUGUCCCUGGGCAAGCGGUGCCACAUGGACGAGACGGGGUGGACGGUGUUGCGCAUCCUGAGCCAGCGCACCAACGACGAGGUGGCCAAGGAGUUCGUCAAGCUCAAGUCCGAAGUUCGAGGAGAACCACCCAUCACCCAGUAAAGCAGGAGGAGAAACAGGAAAAACGGCGAAGGAGGAUGAGAAGACGAUGGGAGAAGAGGAGGAGGAGAAGGAGGGGAGGAAAGUGCAUAUAGACACUGGAGGUGAAACCUCGAAAAAAGGAGAGAGAGAGUGAGAGAGAGAGAGAGAGAGGGAGGGAGAGAGAAAGAAAAAAUUACACUGUUCCUCCUGAAGCUGUGGAUGCGGUGUUGGUGGACAUCCUCGUUAUUUAGUGUUUAGUGUGUGUGUGAGUGAGGGUCACGCCAGCCAGGGCCGAAGGAGCCCCAUGAGGGAGCUCCCCCGGCAGGAGCCUCGCCCCCCCACGCCCCUCGAAGCCCUGGCGAGGCGGACCUCAAUCGUCCAUGGAGACUCGAUCCAUGCGAAGUCUGCGUGCAUGGCUGCUGAUGGGUCAUGAAGCACAAAUAUUGAAUUAGCGUAACGAAACAUUUGGGGUUAAUUGAUCAAUCUGGAUUAUUGUUGGGAUUUUACAUAUUGUAACUUUUUUGUAUCAUCAGAGCGAUUGUUAAUAGAUGUAUUGAGCCGGACCUCCCGCUGAUGUAGGCAGAACUGUUUAAAGAUUACUCAUAGAUAAAACCAAAACCAAAAUGGGAUUUAAAAUACGAAGCUUGAAAAUACAGUACGUUGCGGCCGUGCAGGACUAUGAGAGGAAAUGUCUGUGAUACAGUAUUGUGACUGAUUACCCUGGACUCAAUGUAUGGACCGUCAAGAAGGUAUAGUAGAUAAGUGCAGAGUUACAAAAUAAUAAUCCGUACAGAAGCUAUGUGUUCUCACUUCAAUGGAAUACAAGUUCUCUGCUCUUCCAAACCUUGUUUAAAAGUUUGUAAAAUAGUAUUUUCAAUCAUUUAAAGAUGAUGGUGUUCAUUCUGUAUAAUAUAUUACUGGUAAGAUGUACAACAUAUGCACCAGUGGCAGUAAUAUAUAAUUAUUAUGGAAGUGCCCCAGUAGCUUCGAAGUGUCAGCGUGGCAAGCGCCGCCAUGCUGCUGUCCCAUUUGCUGUGCUGGUGUGAAAGAAAACGACUGAACCGAAGGGCUUACUUUCCCAUUUGCUGUUAAGUGGUCAUAGGGUAAGUCUGCUGUUUUGUGCUGCAUUACUCUUUACUUCUCUUUAAGCGAGAAAAAAGCGUUGAUAUUCUAAUUAAUCACGUGGUUUAAGUUGUGAGCACAAAUUCUUAUUUUUCUAUGUGAUCAUGGCACAUAUUAUCAAAAGGUGCACAUUCAUAUUUCGCCUUUGAUCAGAUUGAGUAAGCAAUCUAUAUUGUACAUAUCAUUUUACCCUUAGGUUAGUCUUUGUCUGUAAUUAUAUUCAUGAUUGGAUGACUGUUAAGUAUUUUCCCAAAUUUAUUUUAGCUGGUUCUAGUCCACAAGCGUCGGCCAUGGCGGGAGCAGGACGAGAUGUUCGUUCAUCAAACCCUCUAGUCUUUUAGCGGUGCAUUUAUUUGUCCCGAAACCCGCUUUAGUAAGCCACGGCCGCACACGUUGAUAGGGACGAUUUUCCUACUCACAACACGGAGAAAAUAGCCGUUAUCAGAAGAGGUGGAAAAGGCUCACUUUGACCGGUAGCGGGAUAUUUGUUGGUAGUUGAUGUUUACCGGCGUGUGUGUGCGUGUGUCAAGUCUGUUUCAUCUGGACUAUCAGUAUGUUUAUUAACAAAAAUAUAAAUAAAACGGGCACAUAUUGUACCUGUUUAUUAUUGGCAUGUUUGAACUUUUGCCGCGACAGGCGGAUUAGUGCAAUGGCUGACGGCUGUAAGUAUCCAGGAGUAUUUUGUACAAGAUUCACAGCCUUGGGAACCGCUGAUGUUACCUGAUCGCCGGUCCUGGUGAAGCUGCGUGCAAGUGUAUUGUAAAUAGAACAAAACGUGAAAAUUACGAAAACAAAAACUAAAUUGAGGGAGUGGAAAUUUAAGACGAUGCUUGAUCACUAAACUCAUUUUCUAUAGACAUUGCCAUUUGUAUGCAUAACAGUGCUGGAUACGAAAUGUUUUCUUUCUCACACACACCAAAAAUUGCGAGGGUUUCUUUGGAAAUAGGAAUUGCUCGAGUACCAAACUGUAAAAAAAAACAGGAGCUAAAAAGAAGCCCACUUUGUAUAUAAACCAGUCAAAAUAACUUAAAGAUACUCCCAGCGACCAGCCUAUGAUGAUGGCAAACUUAAAAGACAAACGAGGAGCUCUUCUGAGCGGCGCCUCCUCCUCGACCGCUGGAGCUCGGCCUCCAGACACCUCGAGUCGGAGGGACGGAGACGGGCGGCGGCGGCUGUGGUGGAAGGGCGUCGCGAGGGGGGUCGUUGCAUGCCUGUGCGAGCAAGGAUCAGAUUCUUCCAGUUGUGUGUGUAUAUAGUCGCCCUUAUACCCAAGAAAACUACUUUCAUGCUAUACACUUCUGUUGUCCGGUCUUUUCCUCCAUAGCACACAGAUCAUGCCUGGGGAGCGACCUGCGGACCCAAGGGGAAACGCCCGUGGAAAAAGGGAAAAGCUCUCUCCAGCCUCGUUCCUUUCCUUCCUCUGUCCCUGGCUGCGUUUGUGGUUCAGUUCCUCGUCAUUCCGACACCACGUUGCAUCUGGUGGUGCGAGCGGGGCCGUACGAGCAUCCCCAGGCGUGUGACAUAACUUAUACCUAAAAAGAAAAAAAAAACUUGUAUUGUUACGUGUUGGCAUGCUGUUACCGACUCGAAGAGGCCAGGGGAUUCUUUCUACGACCUGAGGUGACCAAAAGAAAGGGGAAAAAAGAAAAGAAGAGAAGAAAAGGAAAGACCAAGCAGGUUCCAAGAAUCCUCUGUCCGCCUCUUUACCCUAGAUUUUUAUGAUCCCACCUAGUUAUCCCACGCAGCAUGAAUGGCAAGGUCAUCACUACAGGAUAUGUAAAGAGACCUCACAGGGAAGAUGUGCAGUCUCAGUUCAAAGCUUUUUGAGUCAUUACACCCAUCUAGAUGUAAAUAUGUCAUUUAUCAUCGUGAGUGCGAUAAAAAAUAAAAAUCAAGACCUAUUUGAUCCGUAUCACACCUCUCUUAGUCGGUGGCUAUGCCUUUAGUUCGCUCCCAUGGUGGUACCUUGCCCAUUUGUUGACUUCAACUAUGGGAGACCACGAUCCCAUUUUUGACAACUUGUGUGCCUUUCUGUACCAAUAAUAAGUCCCAGGGUGGAUCCACGAACUUUAGUUGUUUCCCCCUCACCAUAGACGCAGCUCCAACAUGGCGGUGGGUACGCGGACAGUGCGGGCGGUCACACACUAUCACACGACACCAUAAGGACAUAAUACACCCCCGCGGCGCAGACACAUACAAACGCGCCACCGGGAAGGACACUUACCUCUAGGGAUACACUUACAUGUGCUACUCAAACCACCAUACUUUUCUUCUGGGGGUACACUGUAAGACUGUCUGGGACAUACAUAAUUGUACAAUAUAUGGGGUGUAUAUACACACAUUUAUGACAAGGCAGCACACAUAUUCCAUUAGGGACACACGUCAUCAAUGUACGUAAAGUUAUACAAGCGUCAGCCACAUAUACAACUUGAAGGGCACUUUUAUUGGCACUCGAAUGGUGCACAUCCAAUACAAUUCCGGGACAAACACACUUUUAAACUAUUAACAUAUAGACGUCAGUACACAAUCACUUCAGUAACAUAAACACCCAACAGUUUACACAAAUACAAUUCCAUACAUAUUCCCUCUUUGGGCCUUACACACGCACAUACACACGUCCCCUCUUCGGGCCCUAUACAUUCGCACACACACACACACAGUCGGCCGCCACACACUCUGUGAGCCCGAGAGUCCUGUGAGUAACUUGAAGAAUACCAAGCGGUGCUCGCAGAGGCCUCUCGCGAAAGGAAAACCAGGCAGAACGGCAGGCGGUGUGAGAUGCUGCUCACAUAUAACGUGUUAAUCCUACUUGUAUCUGUGUAUUUCUAAACAAAUUAUAAAACGCAACUCUCUGUGUAUGCCAUUACAGUUAUAACUAAUGCAUUAAACUAUAUAAUGUAAUGAAACACUGUACGUCUGUUGAUAACUAUACAAAGGGUAUCAUAAUGCAUGUUACAAUGCUUAUUUGUGAAUAUCGUAAUGCUUUCUCUUGCUCUCAGUCUCUUCGUAUACUAGGGGUUCCAGCUGUCCCGCCCUGCACUGCCUGCCGUACGACCACGCCACCGCCAGGGGCUAUGGCCAGUCAGAUGAUUUUUUAUUUUCCACUUGGUAUCGCUGUCCUCUGAAGAUUCUCGUCAGAUUUUCUUGUUAAUGUGAGUGGGAUUGAAGACGAAAAGUUUGGGUUUCCGUUGGUAGAUGUGAAUGAAGAGCUGCCUUAUUUUUUUGUUUCACAUUUCCUUCCUUUGGAUCAGAUCCGAUGGUUAGUACAACUCACAGGUUCGUCUUCUGUCCCAGUGUCGAAUGGUUAUUGGCAUUCAUAUUAUAUCAUAUUAAUUCCCAAGUGAAUCGUAGUCCUAUAGUUGGUUUUGUUAAUAUUAUUCCUCUAUCUGAAAAUAAAGGCCCUUUGAGUAAAA